GAGAGAAUCGCUUGAACCUGGGAGGUAGAGGUUGCAGUGAGCUGAGAUUGUACCACUGUACUCCAGCCUGGCGACAGAGCAAGGCUCCAUCUCAAAACAAAAACAAACAAAAACACUGGUUGGUCUAGAAGUCAGCAGCCCCUAAAUUCUUGCUAGCCAGAAGAAUUCAGCAAUUAGGGUACCUGGAAUGCUGAUGGUGACAUGACAGUCUGGAGUUUGUUAUGGAGAUCUCUUGUUCCCCCAGAAAACAUUCCAUGUUUUGACAUGGAAUUGCCAAAGAAAACAACUCCGCAGUAUUUUGGACUCAAAACACAGUUGAAAACAUUUCUAUCAUGAGAGUCUUAAUUUCUAUAUACAUUUAGCUUUCCGUGUAAAAACUAAAGUAUCAUGACUUUGUAAAUGUCAGAUAUCAUGAAAAAAGGAAUCAGGGUUUUUUUUUUUCCUUGACAUUAGAUGUAGCAAUUGAGUCUUAUCACUAAAGUAUAAAAAGCUGUAAUUAUUACAUCAAAACCAAUAGAAGUUCAGAACAUGGGUAUAUAAUUAGAGUGUAACGUGGCACCAUUUCUUGCCUGUGUUUUAAAAAAUGCAAAAACAAACUAUCAUUCAUCAACUGUUAAUGAAAUAAACUUCUUAGAUCUUUUGAAAAGAUAGUAGGCUAGUUUUGAAACAGCAUGAAAUAAACUUAUUUCUCUCCGGUUCUGUGUAAGCAUAUCAUAUUGUGCAUGAUACAGGUGGUGAAGUUGCACAAGCUUUUCUGGACAGCAGAAAGCAAAAAUGUAUCUAGAUGAUAAAUUAAGGUCUUGAGAAGAAAAAUCACUAGAUUAGACUGUUUUUGAAAAUAUUAAAAGUUUGAUUAAAAAGAGAAUUUUGAAACAAAUUUUAUGUCAGUACAGUUGAAAACUUGGAUGAAAUACAAAAAUUCCUAGGAAAAUAUUACACAUCUAGCUUGGAAAUAGAAACCCUGGGUAGUCCUAUAACUAUAAAAGUAAUUUAUUAUAAAUUAAAAAAAGCUAAAUUAAAAAAUUAAAAAUCUUCUACCAAAAAAGCCUAGACCCAAAAUUUUCAAAACAGACCUUCCAAUAGUGAACAAAUUCUUUCAAACACUAAAAAUAGAAGGCAUAUUCACAAUUCAUUUUAAUGAGGUUACUUUGAUAUCUAAGCCAGCCAAGGAGCAAUAAGAGAAAGGAAAAUGACAGGCUUGUCUCACCCAUGAUAUAUCUGUAAAAGUCCUAAACAAAAUAUUAGCAACAGAAUCUGACAGUGUAUUAAAAAGACUAUGUAUUACCACCAAAUUGGGUUUUUCUCAGGAGUGUAUGGAGAGUUUAAUAUUAGAAAAUCUAUAAACAUAAUUAACUAUGUUAAUAGAUUAAGGGAAAUAAACCUUAUGAUCCAGAGAUAUAGAGACUCAACAGACAAUUUAAUAAAAUCCAGCUCUCAUUCACAAUAAAAACUCUCAGUGAACUAGUAAUAGGGAAUUUCCACAAAUUCAUAGAGGAUGUCUAUAAAAAUCUUUGAAAUACACUUUAUCCUAACUGGGGACAUGUUCUAAGCUUUCUCCUUUAAGAUGGGAACAAGUUAGGGUGUCUGCCAUUGCCACUUCAACCCAUCAUUAUUUUGGAGGUCUUAGCCAACACCAUAAAACAAGAGAAAGAACUUAAAGGUGUAAAGGUUAGUAAGGAGAACAUAAAAGUCAUUCUUUGCAAAUGACAUGUUUAUCUAUAGAGAAUAUUAAAAAUGUGCAAUAAGCUACUAGAAAUAAUAGAGUUUUGAGGGUUCAACAACAUGACUAGAUGACUUCAAUAAACAGAAAUCAGUUGCAUUUCUGUAUGCCAGAAACAAGCAAUUAGAAAACAACUUUUAAAAGAAACCCAUUUAUAAAAACAACAAAAACAAAUCUUAUUAAAGAUGAAUAAGACUUGUGGGGGUAGGGGGACUAACAAAACUCUAUUUAAGGGUGUUGAAGGCCUAACUAAAGAGAAAUAUAUCGCAUGUCCCUGGAUAAGAAGAUGGGCAAAAUAAAAGAUGAGAAAAAGAAUUUUAUGGAAAACAAAUCAGAGAAGGCAAAUAAACAUAAGAAGAGAUAUCAACCUCAUUUGUAUUCAGAUAAAUGCAACUAAAGACCAUAUGAUAUGUGCUCUUAAUGGAUAUUAAUGGAUAUUGUAUUAUAUCCAUUCAAUUGACAAAACUUAAGAAAUCAAAACAUACCAAGUGUUGGAGAACUUGUAGAUCCAGAAGAUCUUUUUACCUUGUUUGUGGGUAUGAAAUUAGUUCAACCACCGUAGGAAACAAUUUUAUAUUGUCUUAUAAAGUUGAGCAUCCAAGUUCGCUAUGACCUAGUACUUUUACUCCUACACGUGGAAAGUUUAGCAUAUGUGUACCUGGAGCAUUGUAUAAGAAUGUUCAUAGCAGUAUUGCUUGUACUAGUAAAAAAUUGAAACAGCCCAAACACACAUUCAUAAGAGAAAGCAUGAGUUAUGGUAUAGUCACACAACAGCAUAUCAUACAGUAUGAGAAAAUGAAUGAAAUAUAUCUACCUGCAUGUAAAUAAAAUUUAGGCUUAAAACUAAGGGAGGAAGGUAAGAGGAAAGAGACAACUGAGCAUAGUUACUAUCUCUGGGAAGGAGACACAGGGAUUUGACAGGAGAGGUAUGCAGAGGUAGGUUCAAGUUGUUAAUUUUCUACUGAUCGGGCUGAGGGGCACUAGUUUCAAGCAUGCUCAUAUUUUAAAAAUAAAAUCAGUCAAGCAUAGGUCAAUGGUGAAUCAAGUAUUAAACUUAACUCAGCUCUAUGUAAAAAUUUAAAAACCUGAAAAUUCUAAAUUAAUUUCUUUGAAAAUAAUUCUUUAAAAUAAAAACAAAUCAGUUGAGCUAGUAAUACCAACAGUGUAAUUGUAGUAGAUUAUAUCAAUAUUUCAGAAUGAAUCGGUAACUAUAAGAUACCAAUUUUUUAUCUUACACUAUUUUGUCUUUCCAUAUGUGGAUAAUUGAUGAUUAAUUGAUAAUCAUCCUAAAUUGCAAUACAAUAAGCUUUGCCAAGGUUAAGUAAGUAUAUUUGUUCUUAAGAAAGGGUACAGUUUAUUCUUUACCUAUAAACAUUGGCUAGUUGUUUAUUAGAAUUUAUCAUGAUAGAAUAAUGGAAUUUAAAAAUUCAUAGAAAUUUAAUUCCAGACAGAAAUUUAGAGAUCAGCUAGUGCUAAUCACUAUUUUAUUUUAUGGAAGAGGAGCCUGGGACUCCAGAAGGGUCAACAACUUGCUAAAUGGUUGAACUGAGACUUCUGAAUUCCAUUGUUUUUCCCAUGUUGCAAUUCAUUGAGUAAUUACAACUUUUGUCACAGAGGCAUUUAAACUAUGCAUGUUUCAUUUCUUGGAGAGAUUCUCUCCCACAGUGAAGAGCAUUUUUCACUGGUAAGGUGAUAUAGAUCUUUCAGGAUUGGUUUUGAUUAAAGCCAUCAUUGCAGCUCUCUCCACUAAGAAGACUGUGAUGGAUUUCCUACUAUUUCUCAGUAACUGUUUUCUAUACACCCGAACCAUAUUUUAUGAUUGUAGACAAAUGAAUAAGAGCAAAUACUGAACUAGUGAAUAAUUCAUGUCAAGCAUUGUGAACUACUGACAGCAUCGUCAAAAUGUAAAAAUAUAUUGUUGGGUUUUUCCCCAGUUGUAAAGUUAUGCUUAAGUGCCACAGGAUUCUUUCAUUCAGUUUCCCCAAGGAUCUGCAAUUUCACUUUAAAAGAUUUAUUCACAGAAUCAUAAAAGUUUAGAGCUGGAAUGUGGUAUGAUGAUUUUGAGUUCUUCUGAGUUUCUUUCUCCCGAUAGCGGUCUUUUAAAAUUAAAAUAUACCUAAGAGGAUUAACCCAGUAAGCUAACUCAUUGUAAUGUGUAGUGAUUUAUCAGAUUAUGUUUCUUUUUAUCAGGAAGUCCCAAGACCUAUGAAAGAACACGAAUAACGUUAGGAGGAAGGGCAAGUAACAUUUUCUGAAGGUUCUUAAGAGAACGAGAGUUUGGGGAGAUAAAGAUAUUGAAGACCAACUAUGAACUCAAAGCUCUCUAUGGCCCAGGCCUGCAUAUUGACUGUUGGCAGUGCCCCCAGGCACACAUGAGGUGACUGUGGGAGCAAGUAGAGGAAAAAGCUGCUGUGUCACUAUAGAAAGUUCUCUAUACUCAGAAGCCUGAUUAAUCUAGAGUGCUGAAGUUCCCUGAUAUUUAAAGGAGAGUGAAAAGCUGAGAAAUAGGAGGAAAUAAUUUUUCUGGAAUGAGCAUAUUUCUCAACAGAGAUGUUCAGGCAACUCCUGCUCCUUUGCCCCAGUGCUGUUAGUGACUGCAAUGGUACCUGCAGAAACCAUGGCUGUGAUUGCAGUGAGCGUCUGAAUUCCUCCUCCUCUCUGUCCUUGCAGUGCUAAUUUCAGAACACAUGACUAGCUGUGGGAGUCCAAGCCAGAGAGUAAGUUGGAUGUACCAAGGGAACUGUGGUUAGCCUCUAAUGUCUUAGAAAAUUACUGUAGACAUAAUAAACAAGCUUUCCUUUUUGAUUCCUGAUAUCUCUUGAUAAUUUCAGGAUUCCUGUUUUCUAGUUUUCUGAUCCUUGCCUGCUUCCCAUGAGAAGACUUCCUGAGGCAGAUACCCACAAGCACUGGUUUUAUUCUGCCGUGAUUCAGAGUAUCUUCACCUUGGUUGGGGUAGAGCUACCAGGACACUCUAGUGCUCCUAAAAUAGGACUUAAACGUGAUUCUUGUCUUUGCUAAACUGAGACAGAUGGCCAUUCGAAGUUUUCCUUGCAUAGUUUUUGUUGCCAAAGAUUGCCCGCUCCAAGGGUAUUUUAUUUCAUCCAUACCUGAGUGAGAUAGUUUGAUCUCCUAUUUCUCAUGUUUCAUAUUCAUAUUUUGUUACAAUCUGUAUCUACAAAGAUCUGGUCUUUGUUCUAGUUUCAGAACAAUUAUUUAAGCAGCCCAAAGAAAAUAGAACCAGAAAGGAUAGUAUUUGCGAGCACACACAUCUGUUUGAAGGGCUAUUCUGGCAGGAAGCUUUAUGGAAACAGAUUUGAAAACGCAUAUUGACCACAAACAGAGCUGUACUUCAAUCCAAGGAUUGAAACUGAAACCAUUGAGGAAAACCCAAGAAUUUCUGUCAUGGUAUAUAGGCAAUGAGAUAGAAGAAAUCAGUGGACUAGAGAAGUGCAACAAUCUAACUCACCUUAGUUUGGCCAACAACAAGAUCAUGACAAUUAAUGGCUUAAACAAGUUACCAAUCAAAAUACUUAGUCUGAGCAAUAACCAGAUUGAGACAAUCACAGGUUUGGAGGAUCUAAAAGCCCUACAGAAUCUGGAUCUGUCCCACAAUCAGAUAAGCAGCCUCCAAGGCUUAGAGAAUCAUGACCUCCUGGAAGUGAUCGACCUGGAGGAUAAUAAGAUUGCUGAGCUGAGAGAAAUAGAAUACAUCAAAAAUUUACCCAUCCUUCGAGUUCUCAAUCUUCUGAAAAAUCCAAUUCAGGAAAAGUCUGAAUAUUGGUUCUCCGUAAUUUUUAUGCUUCUGCGAUUAACAGAAUUAGAUCAGAAGAAGAUUAAAGUGGAAGAAAAGGUUUCAGCAGUGAAUAAAUAUGAUCCUCCCUCUGAAGUGCUUGCAGCUCAAGACCACCUGACCCAUGUUGUCAACAGCGUGAUGCAGCCGCAGAGGAUCUUUGACAGCACUCUUCCCAGCCUGGAUGCCCCUUAUCCCAUGCUGAUACUAGCUGGUCCUACAGCUUGUGGGAAACGAGAACUUGCCCAUCGCCUCUGCAGACAGUUUAGCACUUACUUCAGAUACGGGGCCUGUCAUACCACAAGACCACCUUACUUUGGAGAAGGGGAUCGAGUUGAUUAUCAUUUUAUCUCUCAAGAAGUUUUCGAUGAAAUGGUAAACACGGGGAAAUUCAUUGUAACAUUUAGUUAUGGUAAUCACAAGUAUGGAUUAAAUAGGGACACUAUAGAAGCUAUCGCAAGAGAUGGUUUGGCAAGCUGUGUUCAUAUGGAAAUAGAAGGUGUAAGAAGUUUAAAAUAUUCCUAUUUUGAGCCUCGUUAUAUCCUGGUGGUACCCAUGAACAAGGAAAAAUAUGAGGGAUAUUUGCGGAGAAAAGGAUUAUUCAGUCGUGCAGAAAUUGAAUUUGCUGUCUCCAGAGUGGACCUUUAUAUUAAAACUAAUCAUAAUUUUCCGGGAUAUUUUGAUGCAGUAAUCAAUGCAGAUGAUCUGGAUGUUGCCUACCAAAACCUGAGUCAGCUCAUUAGAGAAUACCUUGGAUUGACUAAGGAACCUGCCAAGAGUUUAGCUACAACUGCAGCAGGAGCUCCCUCUAGCAAGAAGACUCUCUCUGGGGUACCAGCACACCUGGUUCCAUCUCCCAGGCGCUUGGCAAAACUGCAAGCAGAUGGCCAGAUGACAGAGCAUCUCUCUGGAAUGCAAAUUCAUGCCAAGAACCUAGAAAAUCAGAGCCUAACUCCUGCCCAGAACCAACCGCGGGCUCAGGAUGGAGAAACCCAUCAAAAAGAGCUUUCUCCUAACAGCCAUCUCAAUCCUGAGCCCCCUCAACACCUCAGUUCAUCGGCACUGGGUCUUCCUCAGCAGGCCCAGGACCUAUCCCUAAACCCGACAGAAGAGGAUGUCCAACAAUCACAUCUUCCUCUAAAACAGAUAGCCGCUGAGACAGAUGUCCCCGAGGUGAAAGCCAGUGAGGUGGGGCAGUCUCCCAUCACCCCUACCCUGGCGCCUCCUGCGCACCCUUCCCCUCCCCUGUCCGGAGGCCCUCAGCCAGGCCAGGAUGAGGAGUCAGGGGAGGCCCAGGUAACCCCCAGUGGCCCUCCUCUGUCUGAACCUCCACAGGCACCUGGCCCCACUCCCCUCAGCCCUCAGAGAAUUCAGGAUGAGGAAACUGAGUCAGACGAACAUCUACCCAGCAGUUCCCACCAUGAUCCUCCAAAAGAUUCUUCCCACCCUGAGGUGGUGCAGAAACUUGCUGGAGAUUCUCAGCAAGCUCUGAAGGAGGAAACCUCCAAAUCAGAAGCCAUCCGGGUCAGUAAGCCUCACCCAGAACUGCCACAUCCCCAAGACUUAGCAACAGAUACCAAGCAGCCCCAGGCCUGGGAAGCCCCAGGGACCUUGCUCUCUAGAAUCCGGCUGGCUCCCACUCGGCUGCCCCAGCCUCAGGUGCUGGCUCCCCUCCAGAGCAGGAGGCCCACACUCAAACUCCUAUCGCCCAGCAGGGAAGAGGCUUUAGGAACAACCUCUGAUCAAACCAUGACUCCCUCUCCCAGGCCUCCACCAACCCGGGAAGCAGACACCAGUAAACUUCCUCCCAUCAGCCCUCCGCACUCAAAACCACCACCAAAUCUGAACCCCCAGGCAGCCCACAGUCCUCAGCAAGUCCAGGAAGAGAAGGUCAGUGAGGUGAAACUCCCUCUUAUCAGUCCCCCCAGCCAGGAGCAAGCAGCACCGCGCAUCCUCAGUCCCGCCCUGGAGGAGGCGGCUCAGAAAGUGAGACUCCCUCGCAUUCCUGCUCCUCUCCCGGAGCCAGGGCUGCCCCAGAGCUCGGGGGCUCAGCCCGAUCCAAGGCCUGCAAAGGAAAGGAAAGCUCCCCAAGCAGGCGGCUCCUCCAGGAGGAGGAUUCCAGACAUGCAGGCCUCACCCCACAACCAGGGGCCACUUCAGCAGACAGGGGUUAGGAAAAAAAAACUCCCCAUCCAGAAAGGGACGGCUGGAGGACUGGCACCUCUGGAAGAGGCACCGCCUGGGAGCCACCAGCCAGCCUCGCAGCUAGAACCCCUCCGUCAGCCAGCUCCCGCCAUGGUGCCCGACCGUCCCAACCCCAGCCCUUCUCUUGUUUCUUGUCUAAGCUAGUAUUUCAGUGUAUAACUGUUACAAACUCGGGAGAUCCGAGCAACCAGAGAAGCAAAUUCCAUACACCAGAAAUUCCUGAGCCCCCCCAUGCCCAGUCAUCACCUAGAGACCCCCAAUUACAAGAAGAUAAAAAACAACAUAAUUCCAGAAAAAGAGCCCAUACCGACCUCCCCACAAAUGACCUGCCUUGGAAUGUAGAUGUGUCCAAACCAGGGCCGUCUUGGAAGAGAGAUUUUUAGAGGAUUAUCUCAAGAAAAUAAAACUCCCGUCAACGGCGAUCGGCCAGCUCAGAAGAGGCAGCCCUCACCCGGGAGACCCCUCCAGAGGGAAGAGGCCCUGCGGAGUCACUACAGGAUAGUUCAGCUCCUUGGAGCAUCCAGGGAGAAAGGGACAGGUUCAUCGAAAGGGCAGGUCUCAGAGGAGAGACAUUGCUUCGCAACCCCCAGAGCAGGACAGUGAGCCUCAACCCAGCAGCCUGUCAAAGACACACCAGCCCAUCAGGGAGAGGUCAGGCCAGAGAGAGCUCUGUCCAAAGGCACAAUGCACUUGAUUCCAAGCAGCAAACCAAAGAGAAGCAAACCUGAAAACAUGGGGCAGUGCCACAGGACAAAAGCCCCGUCACUCCCCAGAACCAGGUGUCUGCUGUGGAGCAGGGCAGCUGGAAGGGAAGAUUGAACACCAGUGGCAGUCAGCGCACCAAGGUUUAAGCCAUCCCUGGAGCCACCUGCUCAUUAAGGUCUGGGAACCCCAAGGCAGUACUGUCAGAGAACGACCAGCUAUGGCUGGGUGCUGUGAGUCUCCACACUGGCUUCCUCCUGAACCCAUGGUCAGCAUAGGUGGAGGGGCUGGUCAGUGCUGUCCAAACCUUGGAUUCCUAGAAGGCAGCCAAUCUGCACUCCUGUGCCUCUUCUGCUGUUGCUGUCACGCCUGGAAGAGCAGCUGUCCCAGAGGGAUGCGGCUUGAUCAGCUGCUGCCACCAAAUUCAGCUGUUCUGGAACGCUGGUGCCAGCAAGUAGCCUUUGUGUCCAGACACAAAUCCAACCUGAGUUCCAACUCUGACUGAAGCAGGGCCAUAUUGCCAUUAAGUUUUGUUCCCUUCAUAAGGAAAAUUCGCUUCUAGACUUCUAGAAAAUCCUCUUAUCCCUCUUGCAUUAUUGAGGAGUUCCAAAGCAAAAAGAACUCUUGAGACAGGAAGCCUUUGCUGUUCCUGGAGAUUCCAAACCUACAGUUAACUUGUGGGAAUCUUCUGUAGGGAAGAGGACAUAUUUUGCAUGCGUGAUGCUGUGAUCAAAUGCUUCAGAUUUGUCUUGGCAAUAUGUUGCCUGAAACUUAUUUUGCUUGAAAUGUAUUUCAAAAUGAAUACCUUCCUACUAUCUCUGAAUAGAAAUCUCAUGUAAAUUAGCCCAUGCCUUUAUUAUGCCAAACCAUCUGGUUGAAUCAAUUAAAAGAAUUAAUGGGAGAACAUUUAAGUGAAUCAGUUGCUCGUUUAUUCAUACCAUCAGGAUUCUUUCGCUGGCAAAUGAUAGAAGUCCACUCUAAGCCAGCUUGUGUGACUCUAUUAGAAGGGAGUAGGAGAUUUCGUAUGACCAAACUAUGGGAAGGGCAGGGCUACAGCAGGUCUCAGGGAGACUGGGGGCCAGUUGUGGAACGUAACCAGGACUCUAGUCAUCUCCUGGACUCUGGUCUAGGACUCUCACCACUUCUCAUCUCUGUUUCUUUCUCCAUGUUGGCUUCAUUCUUUGGACUACAAAUGACUCUUUCAGUUUCUGCACAUGUCGGGGAACAAGGCCACCAGCAGCUCUCAAGCCCACAUCUGAUUUUACCUCUGGAAGCUCCCACUACUGUAAAGAGAUUAAUUUGAAUGAAUGUUCAUUAAUCCUAAUCCAGAGAAAGUCUUGUUGGCCUAGCUUGGUUUAGGCACUCGUUCUCAAACCAAUCUACUCUGGCAGGGACCAGGGUUACCUUUAGACAUACCUAUUGAACCAACUCCUAUGUAUGGACACUAUACUCCACCCAAAAAGAGGAUAAUUGUGACCAAAACAGACAACCCAAGAUGUGACUCUUAAAAAGCUACAGGAUAUCUAUUGACCACUUACUGUGUACAGAGCAGCAUGCUAAACUGUGGUUGGUAUCUCAUAUUUAAAAAUGUAACUGAUGAUUAAAUGCCUUUGUAAAUGUAUGUUAUCUUACACAAAAGAGAGGUGUCUGAGAAACUAUGAAUUUCAAAUGUUAUUUCAAGGGCAGUAAAAGAAAUUGAUAUUUUAGAAAUCCAGGAUAUAGAAAUCCCCUCUGGCAAAAUGAAAAGCAUAUAUAAUGCCAGUAAUUACCCUCUGAUUUAUCUGAUUUGUCCAUGAUAAAAAUAAUACAGUAACUGUAGAAAACAUAUCAUUUAUUUCAUUUAUUUAUUUUUACUAAAAGUGUGUUUA